AUGGACCAGAAUAACGCUACCCAGCCGAUUCUGCAGCUUCCAGCAGAGAUACUGCAUCACAUACUACAAUGGAUUACGCCCGCCGACUUAGUUGUACUGCCCCGCGUAUGCUCGGCCUUUAACAGAGUCACGAAAGUGAACAAUAAGCUUUAUCGGGAUGUGUAUAUAAAUACCCUGGACCAACCGAGUGAUACCGAGUUAGACUACAAGAAGGCUGUCAAAGACUUGGUUAAGCUUGAGGCGAUAUGUAACAGCAAAGAGGUAUACAAUAAGAAAACCGAGCUCGACUUUGUUCACGAGACAGUUACUCGACUCCUCAAAAACGCUUCUCCGUCUUUAUCAGACGAAGCCGCCAACGUUAACUUCUCCAAAACACAUGCCCCAUCUCGUAAUGCUGCUCUUCUUCAGCGUCUUUUCGCUCAAGACGAAACACUAGAGGCAUUUCUCGAGGGCUCAUCUCUAUUCAACCGUUUGCGGAAUGAUCUCCGCCAAGUCAACCGAGAAGCACCCCCGGCUCCCACAUCGGCCAACGAAGCCUGCAGAGCGUUGCAGCAGAAGAGCGCUCAUCUUCACUGCCUCCACGGGAAGCCUAUUCUUAACGUUGGUCGCCUGCGGUCAACGAGAACGUAUCCUUAUGCAUGCUCAAAGGUAUACGAUCUGCGCAACUAUACCGACCAAAGUGGAUGGGGGCCUUUUAUGAACGAUGGCUCCUUCAACGUCGAUUGGGAGAAAGUCGAGGCUAUACUUAUCGUCUUAGGUCACAACAUUGGACCGAGACGUGUGGUUACGCGCCUAUUUGGUGAGAUCUGGGACAGUCCAUUUUCAGGGUCAUACCAAAACAGCUUUAUGGCUCCUCCACCUCGUGACAUAACCUCACUCGAGGCUCGCGACCCUUAUGGUGUCACGGGUACCUGGUACCGUAUCGUAUGCUUCCUCGAUUACAGCGACUUCUUCGCCUUCAACUUCAGUUUCAGCGGCGAUGAGCUCAUCGCCCCGGACGCAACGCGCCCACCACUCGACGUAGGCGAAGCAACCCGUCUCAUCAUGAUGCGCAUCCAAGUUACAUCAAUAGAGCCACCGGGACCGGAAGACGGCCAAGAACUGCCCGUAGUUCACUUUCGAGGUGUAUCUCGCUCUCUAGACGAUUCCUUCGAUGAUAAUGCCAACUCAGACAUCCGAGAAUUCAACGUCAAAGGCACCGUUCGCCUAACAAAAGAAGGCGAGGUGAGGUGGACAACCUUUUCGAUAUUCCACGGCGUCGAGCGUUGGCGAAGUGAAGGUGUACAAAUUGGAGGUGUACGCUCUGCUCGUGGCGUUGUUGGAAACUGGUUCGAUCGCGACUACGAUAUCCACGGCCCUGCGGGCCCUACAGCGUUUUGGAAGGGUGCGACGCCUGAACAAGUCGAAAAUAUGGAGGACGAUCUGUUGCCGAGCGACUUCUUCCUUCCAUAUGGCGCACUCAUUGACAUUGACUCCGAUACUGACCCAGAAGGAGAGAUGCCAUAUACUGGUGAGGAUGAGGAGGAAGAUGAUGAGGAUGAAGAGAUGGAGGGAGUAGCAACUGGCGAGGAGUUAUCGGCUCUCAUUCAUGAUGCAAAUUUACCUUUGGAGGAGAGUCUUGUGAAUGGUCACGGGUUGAACUGA